AAAUAGUUUUAACUGGAUUUACUUUACUCGACAUUAGUUCUUGAAAAUUUAAUUUCGUUUUAAUGCAGUUCGUUCAAUCUGUUUCUGACUAAAAGUUUUUAUUUUAUUUCACAAACAAAUAAUGUGUAAAUCUUUGUCCUGCCAUGAUACGCAUAAUAUGACAACGCUAUCUUGGUUCUCUUUUAGCUUUUCUAUCGUAUUAUGUGUAUGCACAGUAUCUCUAAAUGCUUUACUUAUAGUAGCAGUAUUUGGGAAAAGAAAAAAAGUGUUCAAAAAAUCUAUUUUUUAUAAGCUGUUAUUUAAUAUCACAUUUGCUGAUCUGCUAACUGGUAUCAUAACAGAUGUUGGCUCUAUAUCAUUUCAUUUCAAAGAGGCUAAAAAAAUAGUUAUUAGUCGGAAUGAAGUCUACUUAGUUCAUGUAGGACUUUUUAUGUUUAGUAAUGUUUCUAUUUUUUCAAUGGCAUUGAUAUGUGUAGAUCGCAUCAUAGCAUUAAUAAAGCCAAUCGAAUACAGAAAAGGAUUAUCUGAUCGUAUUUGCAUUUUGUUGUUAGUUUCAACUUGGUUUAUCUCAUUUUUGCUCGUGUUACCAUAUUUUUAUAUUAAAUACGUUUGUUAUCUGACUGUUUUUUCUUUUACUUUGGUUUUUGUAACUUUUAUCGCACUGGUAUUGAUGGUUUAUCUUUAUAAAACAAGGUUUACAUUGCUUUGUAAUUUAGACAAGAUGUCCUCCACAUCAGUUGAAUCUUAUAAAUCCAACCAAAUAAACGACGCAAUAUCUAAAGAAAGAAGAUUUCAAAUUGAUAUAUGGAACAAAAAGAAAAACUAUGAUUUGCAAAAUGUUAGUCAACUAAACGAAAAUGUUAGGCCUAAACAACCAAUCAAUCAACAGAGUUUUAGGUGCAGCGAAAAUAAAACUAAAAUAAAAUCAUAUUCUGCAGAAAAACGAGUUAAUCAAUCUUUUAUAAUCAUGCUCAUUGUUUUUUUAGCAACUUACUUCCCGUCCUGUUGUGUAACUUUAUACAUAAACACUUGUGAACAAUGUAACUGUAGUUUAAUACAUAUCUUGAGAGACUUUACUUAUUUAUCUCUAUUAUCAAGCGCUUUGUGGAGAUCAAUAAAUUUUGCAGUACGAAUUAUAACUUUAAAAAAAAGGAUAAAGGAAAUUAUUAACCAAAUAAAAUGUGUUUUAUUAUGUUCGAGCGCAUUCUAAUAAGUUUUGCUUUUAUAUCACAAUAAAAAUGCAAGAUGAGAAUCCUUAUUAAAACUGGUAUAUAGACUGAUAUAUGGGCAGGUGGUAAACAAUGGGAUUGAACAGAUGUCAACAAAAAGAUUUUACUUUAUAAUUUUAAACUUGCCAAUUAUGUAAAAGGGAAUUGAAUUUGGGAAAAAAUAAUUUUAAAGCACAAAAUGGAAAACAAGCAUACAAACAUAAAAAAUAAAAAGCUUUAUUUAAAAAUAAAGAUGAAAAGAUAAAGAUGUGACAGAAUAAAAAGUUUUUUG